GCAAUAAAGACUUCUGUCAACCAACAACUGUAGUGGGACAUUAACGACAUGAUGUGGAAACUUCAUCUACAUGAAACAAAGAAGGAUGGCCUUCAACUUCAAAAACAGCUUUCAACUUCAUCUGAUCAUCUCUACGACCACCUGUUGUUACGUGACUGAGGCUCCACGCCAAGGCCGCGCGGCGAAAAAACUGAGCCGUCUCCAUGACAACCGAGCAAACUCCGUCCGCCGAGGAAGAACACGAGGUGCAGAUGAAAGCUCCAGAAGAAGCAAGUCCAGGCUCUCCCCAGUAAUAAUACAUGAAGGGCUCCUCUCCCUCAUCCAUUAAUCAGGAGGGAGGCUGAGCCCUGAGUCUCGUCUGCAGGCGUUCCUUUCAGCCCCAGCAACUUUCACCAAAAAGGCGUGACUGGGGCGUGGCCUUGACCGUUGCGUCAUCUUAUCAGGAAGAAGCGCACCAGUUUACAGAGAGUGGAGAAGCGCGGUCCAAUUCUGGAUGAAAUAGCUUCUACCAUCUAGAUCUAACACAUCAGUUUCUUUUUGUCAGUGCUGUUAUGCCUGAUGAGAUGUCGAGACCUUUAAUCCGAGGCGGAGGCGAAAGAGGACGAUCCAGACAUCUUGAAGCCUCUGUGUCUGAGCCCGGCGCUCCAGUGAUCGGCAUUGUGGGUACGGGCGACUUCUCUCGCUCACUGGCCAGAAGGCUGGUGGCCUCUGGCUACCAAGUGGUGGUGGGAAGUCGAACCCCCAAACGCUCUGUGGCUCUGUUCCCUGAAGAGGCUGAGGUGACCUCCCAGAUGGAGGCAGCCAGUCAGGCGGACCUGGUCUUUGUAGCCGUGUUCCCCGAGCACCACUCCACACUGGUUCAAUUAAAACCGGCACUGGCUGGGAAGACGCUGGUGGACGUCAGCAACAGUUUGCAGAUCAACCGAGACGGGCCUUCAAAUGCCGAACAGCUGGCCGAUCUGUUUCCAGAGAGUUUUGUCGUCAAAGGGUUUAACACCUUAUCGGCCUGGACGCUCCAGAUGGGCCCUCGGGAUGGGAGCAGGCAGGUUUUCCUGUGCAGUGACAAUCACAAAGCCAAGAGCUCAGUGAUGCAGCUGUGUCGCAGAAUGGGCUUCAUUCCUGUCGACAUGGGCCUCCUCUCUUCUUCUCUGGAGAUCGAAAACCUGCCCCUCUAUCUUUUUCCCUCCUGGCGCAUUCCCAUCAUCUGCACCCUGGCCCUGUUUAUCUUCUUCUACCUGUACAACUUCACCCGUGACGUCCUGCAGCCCUUCGUCACGGCAAGGAAGAGUGUUUUCUACAAAAUGCCCAUUGAGACUGUCAAUGUCACUCUUCCCUCCGUGGCCUUGGUGAUGUUGGCGCUGGUCUACGUGCCCGGUUUGUGCGCCGCUUUCCUCCAGCUGUGGUGGGGCACCAAGUACAAUCGAUUCCCCGACUGGCUGGACCGGUGGCUAACCAGGAGGAAGCAGUUAGGGCUGUGCAGCUUCCUGUGUGCGGUCCUGCAUGCCAUCUACAGCCUGUGUCUUCCCAUGAGGAAGUCUGCUCGCUACAAACUUCUCAACGAAGCUUUUAAACAGGUGAAGGACAAUGCGGAGAACUCGUGGGUUGACGAGGAGGUGUGGAGGAUGGAGCUGUACCUCUCUGUGGGCAUCAUGGCCCUCGGGCUGCUCUCUCUGCUGGCCGUCACCUCGCUGCCCUCGGUGGCCAACACCGUCAACUGGAGGGAGUUCAGCUUCAUACAGUCCACGCUAGGUUACUGUGCCUUGUCCGUGGCCACCCUCCACACACUCCUCUUUGGUUGGGGCCGUGCCUUCGACUCGGCCCAGUACCGCUUCUGCCUGCCCCCCACCUUCGUACUGGUCCUGAUUCUUCCGAUGACGGUUCUGCUGGGCCGCCUGCUUCUCUUCGUGCCCUGCGUGGCCGGGCGUCUCAGGCAGAUCCGCCGCGGCUGGGAGAGGAGCCGACACAUCCGCUUCACCCUGCCGAACGACGACUGCCACAACGGGCUGGAGGAUGUCAGUAAUGUGUGAAAGAAAACGCCUCUUUUAGAUGUGUGAAUGAAGAUCCAGACAAAGAAAGGUGUCAACGUAGAGCUCUUUGUGUGUGCACUCACGAAUAUCGCGCUCAGCAACACUCGCACAGAAGAUGAAAGAUUUAUACAUCGUUGGAAUGUAGUGAAGGCUUCUUUCUAUGGCCUGUUGAAAGUGUUAUAUAAUUAUCUGGUAGUGUUCAGCCUUUUGCACUAUGCAUUCAAAUAAUCAGUAUUUAGUUCCUCUUUGUACUUUAUACUUUAAUUUAUUGUUUCCUGUUGACAUCCAGUUUGAAAUUUCAACCUAGAACUAAAGAAAAAUUUUAGUUUCUGGUUUAAUUUAUGCAAAACAGUCACUGUUACACGUCUCAUGAACCCGCUGAACACGAAGCAGUACAACUGAAUUUUACACUAGUUCAUAACUCGAGUCCUUGGAGUAAGGUUUCUUCAGUCUGAUCAUCAGAAACGGACUUGGCCUUUUUCUUCUUUCCAGUUUAAAGGAUUUGAUGCUUUUUAUUUUCUGUUCUGUGCAGAGUUUUGUUAAAAAAGAGCCUUCAACACAGCCGAUCAUCUUGUUCUGUCCACGUACAAAAAUGAAACUUCAUUUUGUUGUGAGGUUUUUCACUGAUUAGAUGUCGGUGGUGGUUUUAUUCUCAAACUAUGAAAUUUCAUUAUGCUGUCAUAUUCGUUUAUAGUGUUGUGGACUGUAUGAAAACGAUUAUGGUGGGGAGGGUGGGGGCUAACUCUUAUGUUUCGCUAUUUUAAAAAGCAUGACCUUCCCCAGCAUUAUUAAUAUUUUCUCUGGACCCUGUAAACUUCAGUCCUUUAACCAUUAAACGAGGACUUCAUACUCAAAGACUAGUAAAAUAAAAAUUGGUCAAAUGGUUUCCCUUAAAGAACUAAGAUGACAGUUUAAACAUUCAUUUUCACAAUAAGCCUCACCAACACAUACUGUGUUAGAAGCUUUUGCUUUACCUCACUCUUGGUUUUAUACAAUAUAUGUAUAAACAAAGCUUUAAGUGUCUUGUCUAUCGAGGCUAAUGGGAAAAAGAACGAUAACGUCAUGUCUUUUUUCUCAAAGCCCUCUUACAGAAACGUGACUGUUGUCCUUUGCAUAUUGCAAAACACACGUUUUUAUCUUUUUAUGAGCCGUUUCUCACAGGAAAAUCUUUAUUUUAAAUUUAUUUAAAAUUAAAUUAGAAAUACAGAGGAAGAAGAAAACAGAAGCCUCUCACAAAAAUCAUAUGACAAUAGUUGCCCCCGUUUUCUGACCACUCACCCCCACUAAUAAUUUUCAUACAGUCCCUUACUCAGGUGUUGUUCAUAUCUGAAGCCGUUGGCUGCUGGGGGUCGAUUUACAUUGUACAACAACAACAACAUUGAACAAAUCUACAUUUGUUUUUUUUUCCUUUUUACUCGUUAUUGAUGAUUCUUUUGGUUUUUUUUUAGUGUUGUACUAAUCUGACGUCCUGGUAAUCUCCCAUCAGUGCAUCAUAUUUAGCUCAGUGAGCUGUUGCAGAACUUUGUUUUAACUACGAGAAGAAAAACACAGUUUGCUGCUGUUUUGUGUUUUCAGCAGUUUCUUUCAUGUUUAAAGUGAGUUUGUAUUUUCUCAGUCUUGUGUUCUUGCCAAAGAUGAUCCUGUUACCUGAUGAAUAUGUUUUCUGAAUCUAAAUUAACAUUUGACAGUAGUGUACUGAAAUUUAAAAUAGUGUCUAUUAUCAUAAAGAUAUGAAUGUAAAGAUUUCAAAUGGAAGUUUCAAGUACAUAGAAUAAAGCAUUUUUCUACUA